CACAGACACCUGCGUGUCAGUGAGCUGGAGUUUUUUCUUCGAGUCUCUCUGAGGAUGACUUAGCUCCUCACGUCUUCUCUCAGGAUUUACUUCACUUCUGCUUUCACUCUGAAACAGAAUCAAACAUUUAAACUUCUUCCUCUUUUUUUUUUUUUUUUUACUUGUGUCAGUUGUUGCUCUUGGAGACUGCGGCGCGCUUUUACGCACAGCUUGACGCAGCACGUGCAGCGGAAAGACGCAGAUCGUGGGCAGAUUUGAGCGCAGGAAUUCCCCCCUCUUCCACCUCUUCCUACUCCUCCUCCUUCAUCAUCAUCAUCACCUCAUGCUUCAGGACUUCACCCUUGGCCCUGACACUGUUGACGUUUCCAUGGAGACCCUGGCCUCAGUUUGGGCCCCUGACCCCUGUGUUCUGAGUGACCCCGGAGAGAAGCGGCACGUGCCAUCCACCGUGUGGGAGUCUCCUCGUGUCCUUAGCCGCUCGCCCCCUGCUGGUCUGACGUGGACAGAGCAGUUUUCGCCUCAUCUGCAGAGAAACAGACAGCUUCAUGACACUCUGCUGCAGCGAGAGGAGGAGCUGGUACGACUGCAGGAGGAAAACAUCAAGCUCAGGGAGUUUCUCACCUCCUCAUUUGUCAGGAACCUUCAGGAGAAGGCUAAAAAACUGCCCAUUGAUAGGAAGAGAAAGCUGAAGAGAAACCUGAUGCAUGUCGAUGAAAGACCUCUCCAGAUCUGUGGUCAUCAGCAUGUGGCCUCACAGCACGUCAGUAAGAGAGUCUGCAGAAACCUUACUGCCGAGUUCUGCUCUGAAUCCUCGGAAACGUCAUCAUCCUCAGAGCCGAACCUUGACCUAUGGGUUCUACGAACGCUGGGACUGAAGGACAGAGACACUAUCGAUACAUCUGCUGAUUCCUUGUCGUCACCGGGACACAGCCUCAAUAGUUUUGGUUACGAUGCUGCAGUCACCUCGUCCUCAUCCUCUCCCACAUCCUCUGCAUGCUCCUUAAACUCUUUCAACCCUUCUGCUGCUGCUUCACUGCCCCACAGCGUCUGUCAAAGUUCAACACAUCAAACCAAGUAUCAAUACAGUCCUGUCCAGUGUCAAGAAUCAAACCACAGCGAUCCUGCUCAGAAUUGCACACUCUCACCAGGUCAGAACUCCAACUUCACUGCCAAACAUCUGUCCGCACAGUGCGGAGAAGCUCCUAAAACUGCCUUCCAUUGUCCACCAGUAACAGACGAAUCACCCUUCACCCAGUCACCAGACACAGCUGAGAUCUGCACAGUCACUGCCUUGAGUCAAGCACUCUGUCCGCAGGGAAACCUGGCUUACCAUCCAGCAAACUGGUCUCCACUGGAAGGCAGCCGGACACCAUCCAAGGACACCAUCCCGUUCAGUCAACCAGGAGAAAGAAUCAGUUUCUCUCCCGUUUCCUCUUCAAGUCCGAUCAACAUGAAACAACAUUGGACGCCUGGGUGGACACCAAUGACCCCAUCAGAAGAAUCCCUUCCCCCUGCCACACCUGAGACACCUCGAACUCGGACAGAUUUGGCAUUUAGUAUGUCACUAAGCCCCUCUAGCAGUGUCAAGACCCACAGCUUUCCCCAGGGACAAGCCUUUGUCAGAAAGGACAUGGAGGGAAGAUGGAACUUCACUUGGCUGCCCAGACAAGGACCGUAAGCAGCUUGUAGGUCUUCCCUCAAAGGACUUUUAAAAUAAAAAUUAAAAACCCAGGCUUCCUGAACAAGCAGUUCUGAACAACAUUUUCUUGACAUAGGUAUAUGUUGAACUUGUUGCUGAGGUUCUAAUUAUAUGAGAAACAAAGGUCUUUAAAAGGUCCUGGGGCAACACUUAAAGGUAGAGUUGGAGAUCCAAAAAUUCAAGCCUUCUUCAGACUUCCCUCCAAAGCUAUGCCUCCAGAGCACAGGAACGUGCAAUGCUUGUUUGCGAAGAGUGUUGCGUUGGUUACACACAGACUCAUGAGCACUGCGCAGCGUUGGUAACUUUUGGCACUUUUCAGUGAUGCUAACCUUUUUGGAUACUUAGUUCAAAUGACAAUGUGAUGCCGAAAAAAAACACAUUUUCUCAAAAGAUCACAAAGA